UUUAUUUUGAAAGCGGCUCCACUGUGUACCGGAAGAGGGCAUCCCGCAGGUUCCUGUCUCAGCAGCUCGUGACUGGAGUUUCUCACCAUGACUGAUCCGGACAUUUCCAACUUCCACAGCAGAGAGGACGAAGCGUUCCCUCCCCUCCCCCCGCCUCACUCCCCGGGACAGGGGGGACACGAGGACAGACACCCUUUUGGAAAUGAAGAAGAGGAUGAUGAAGGAAACGUGUCCAAGCUGGAUGAGGUUCCUGCAGCCAAAAGGAAGGGAGUGAAGAGGCCGCAGCCCAAACUGGACUCUCACAGGCUGAUCUCAGAGAGAGGACUUCCAGCUCUGAGGACUAUGUUUGACGACGUCCACUUCAAAGGCAAAGGACACGAGGCUGCAGAUCUGCGGCUGCUGAUGCAGAAGAUGGAGAACUGGGCUCACAGGUUGUUUCCCAAACUGCAGUUUGAAGACUUUAUUGACAAAGUGGAGAAACUGGGCAACAAGAAAGAAGUGCAGACCUGUCUCAAACGGAUUCGACUGGACAUGCCACUGACACACGAAGACUUUGAUAACGAGGGUGAAGAAGAGGCAGCAGCUAAACUGCCCAUCUUUGAAGAUCCGGAUCCAUUUAGUGGAGUGAGCUUCAGUAACGAAGCCCAGAGACCAGUCCACUCUACGCCUGCUCCUCCUUCGCCAGCCGCCCCCCCCUCCCUCACCGAGGAGCAGCAGCGGCGCAUGGAGCUGAACCGACAGCGAGCUCUGGAGAGGAGGCUCGCCCGCCACCAGCAGGAAGCAGACUCCACUGACUCUCAGGCCGUGGACACAUCAGCAGACGAACCAGCAUCUGUGUCUUCUGCAAAUCUCCUCAACAAAUCCAACGAGGAGGAGGAGGUGACGGAGCGUUUCGACCUGGAGCCGGACGGCAGCAGCACACACCCACCCAGCCAGACUCCGCCCACAGACUCCGAGGCUUCAGCCGAGUCCAGCCAGCGCGAGGAAGAGACCAGCCAGCAGCCAAUCAGCAACGAGUGAGGACAGAGAUUAGUGUGUGUGUGUGUGUAAACCUGCAGGUUUGAGAUACAAACUGUUCAAAACGUUUUUUAUCUGAAACAUGAUUAAACAUUGAUUCCAUA